AUGAAACACUUCUUUGGAUUUCCCUUCCUAGCCUUGGCCCUGGCCAGCGCGUCAACAACGCCGGACCAAAGUUUCGACUACAUCAUCGUCGGCGCCGGAACCAGCGGCCUGGUGAUUGCCAACCGGCUCUCCGAGGACCCGUCCGUCACGGUCGCCGUUGUCGAAGCGGGCACCGACCAGCGCAACAACCCCAACGUCACAUCCACCGAGUUCGGGUCGGGCCUGAACAGCCCGCUUGACUGGGCAUAUGCGUCGGUCAACCAGACCCAUGCCGGAAACCGGCCGUUUGCGAUGCAUGCCGGGAAGGCCUGGGGAGGAACCAGCGCGAUCAACGGAAUGACCUACAUCCGCGGCAACAAGGCAGAGUUCGACGUCUGGGAAACCCUAGGCAACCCCGGAUGGAACUGGGAUAGCCUCUUUGCUUACUACAAGAAAUCCGAAAACUACACCGUCCCGACAGACUCGCAGCUGGCCGCAGGUGCUACCUACCAGCGCCAGAACCACGGGUUCAAGGGCCCGCUGCACGUGGGGUACACUCCGGCGCUCGAGAACGGGUCGUAUGCGCCGCUGGUGAUCGACACGUGGGCGACUGUAGGCGUGGCGCACAAUCCGGACCUCAACCGCGGCGAUGUGCAUGGGUUUGGGAUGGGCCCGCAGACGCUGGAUCCGGCGCUGAAUGUCAGAUGGGACUCGGCCACGGCGUAUCUUCAUCCCGUGGAGGGCCGGUCGAAUCUGCAGGUGCUCCGGGGGACGGUGAAGCGGAUUACAUGGGCGGACAAGGCGGGGAAGGGAAAGCUGGUGGCGUCUGGGGUGGAGGUUGUUGAUGAGAACGGCGAGUCGACCACCUUGGGCGCGAAAAAGGAGGUUGUUCUCUCCGCUGGGUCCUUGAGAAGUCCUCCUAUUCUCGAAGCUUCAGGGGUUGGCAACUCGAGAACCCUCAAAUCACUCGGGAUCACCCCCCAAAUCGACCUCCCCGGCGUGGGAGAGAACUUGAUCGAGCAGCCAGCGCACAUACUCGUGUUCUCGGGCAACCUGCCCUCCGCAGCCAGCGCCUACCACGCCUUCCUAACCGCCGCCCAGCUAUUUGGCGAUGAACUCCCCACGAUCGAAGCAGAAUCUCGCGCGAACCUCUCCCAUUGGGCCCAAGCCGCCGCCGACGCUUCGGGCCCGGGCGGUCCCUCGACCUGUGCCCUCGAAAAGCUCCUCCGGUAUCAGCACGACCUGAUCUUCCAGCAAAACAUCACCAUCGCCGAGGUGCUGCUGGCGAUUGCCCCGGGGGGUCUCCUCGCGUCCAACUACUGGACGUUGUUCCCCUUUUCGCGCGGAAGUGUCCACCUAGGCUCGAUGGACCAGAUCAACGCACCCGUUAUCGAUCCGCGGCUGUUUCUGGCAGACUUGGACUUGUUGACUCUGGUGGCAGCGGGCAAGUUUGUGGAAAAGUUUUGGUUCUCGGAACCGCUUAAAACCCAGGGGGACGUGGAUGGCCCAGUCAUCUCGGACGGCUCGGGGUUUACGAGAAAUGCCACGGAUGCCGAGUGGCGGGCGUAUUUGCAGAAUACAGUCAUUGCCAACUCCCACCCGACGGGAUCCGCGUCCAUGCUUCCCCGUGCCUUGGGCGGAGUGGUUGAUGCGGAACUGCGGGUGUACGGAACUGCCAACGUGAGGGUUGUCGAUGCAUCAGUCAUCCCCACGCAGGUGAGCGGGCACUUGACCGCGACGCUGUACAGCCUGGCCGAGAGGGCGGCGGAUAUUAUUAAGGGCCUCGUGUGA